AUGACUACAACAACUUCCAAUUCCGUUAACAAUAGUAUCACUAUUGCUCCACCAAACUGCCUUACUUUCAGAACCUACAAAGGUACCGUGUUCACCGUGCCACAAAACUCCAAAUUCUUUGUUAUAAAAUCAUACAAUAUCCUUGAUGUUAAUGCUUCAUUUACCAACAAUAUUUGGACAUCGACAGAAUUAGGUAACCGUAGAUUGGACAAAGCCUACCAGGAUUUACAAGUGACCGGUAAUCCCAACAUCGAUGGUAAGAUAUUCUUAUUUUUCCUGGUUAAUUCCCUGGGGAAAUUUUGCGGCAUUGCCGAAAUGAAAUCGAGAAUCGACUAUACCAAGACCAGUGAUAUUUGGGUUGAACAAACUAGAUGGAAGGGUAUUUUCCCCGUAGAAUGGUUGUUGAUCAAGGAUGUGCCCAAUCGGUUCUUUCAACAUUUGAAAGUUCCUUCAAAUGAAUUCAAACCGGUAACUAAUUCAAGAGAUACUCAGGAAAUUCCAUUUGAAAUUGGGAUUUCCAUGCUUAAGAUAAUUAGCUCUUUUAGAACUAAUGAAUGA